CCACCUGCCCGGCCAGAAGCGCCGGGGCCGCCCCGGGACGUCGCCCUGGUUACGCUGGCUCUUUCUCCCCGUCUUUUUUCGUUUUAAGAUGUGAGAAGAGAUGGGAUUCUUCAAUCAAGGCCACAAGCGGGAAAUCAGUCUGCAGGACCGAUGCCAGCAGGCUCACGCACCGAGGACAGCUACUCCGCCCAGAUGAGAAGCGCGGGGCCCUGACGCGGGCGCGCUCCUCGCAUUCUUCCGUUGGGCUGGGAGGCUGGAGGGCAGGCGGCGGCGGCGGCCGCGCAUGCGCCGGGAGCGGCCGGAGCUGCGGGCCGCGGAGAGCCGCCUGCGCCUGCACGCUGGUUGCCUGGCUACGGCGUGGCCGCGGACCCCGAGCGACGCCGGAAGUUGGUCGAUGGCUGCCGUCAGUCCCUGUCCAGCGUCCUGGGGUUUCCCCGACGCAUACUCUACUGUCCUUUCGCUCUGCACAGAGGCCCGGGCAGGGAGGGGCGGCCUGGCCACUGCGCGGAGCCCGGUCUCCGCCGACUCGCAAGGGGGACGCGCGGGCUCCUCGUCCUCAAGCGCCGCCCUGCGCCUUUGCUGCGCCGGGCCCUCCCAGGCCCACCCUGGCCCCGGCCCCGCUGUCCUCCCGGGGAGGCGCGGCCUACUCGGUUCGUCCCCUCGGCCGCCAGCCCCACAGGGGCGCUGGGGUCCCAGCCCUGGCGGAGUGCACGUCGGUGGCGAGUGGGCCCGGGCGCUCGGGCGGCCAGAGCGACCCAGCGGCGGGGUGAGGCGGGUAGGCGCUCCUGCCCCUGCCACGGCCAGGCCGGGCAGCAUCCACAUCCUCCCGCGGAAGAUCGCAGGGAACAGGUGGGCACUAUCAUCUGUGCCCUCAUUUUCCGGAGGAGCCGAGGGAGGCUGAGCGGGUGGGGAAGCGGCCAGCCAUGCC